AUGGAUACGGUCAUUCCGGUAGUCUUCGUCAAUUGUUUGAAGGCAUCAAGUAAUAUUCACCCUACAGUUCUUCGUACCCACGUGGCUAAUACUCUUCCGAAGAAUAUAUCUUACUUGCAGUUCCUGAGCGCCAACAGAGAGAUAUCUCCCCGUUUACGAAAAAUUGGACUACUUUACACGGUCAAGGUUGAGUUCAAUGAUUUACAGUACCUGCAAGCGUUCUGGUCGUCAAUAAUUCAUCAACGGAGUCAGUUGUCCGUCAAAAGAAUGUUUGAUGGUGGAUGUCUUAACCUGAUAGAAAUUGCGGGAAAAUCUCAAAUUCGAGGAAUCAAAUGUUUAUACCUUGAAGUAUCAUUAUAUAGUAUGGAAGAAGGGAUCGUGGAUGGAUUUAAACCAUUAUCAAAAAGAUCAAGGAUAAACUCGGGCAACAAAAUACUCCGAAGAUAA